AUGUAUAUAAGUAUUUCAGUAGGCAGCUUCAUAUCGCUGAUAGUUGGCAUCCUGGUUGCAAUAUAUGUGUACAGGCUUCUGGAGAAGGAUGUUCCUCAAAAAGUGAAUAGAAAGCCACAGAAUCCAGAGUAUCCCUUGCCGGCCUCCCAUUCACCGCUGCAUGAAUUCGCGCGGGCUGGCAUCUGCACCGACAACGAUGUCUGCGGUCUUAUGGCCAGGAAGGCCCUUGAAGAUGGCGGUAGCGUUGUGGAUGCCGCUCUCUCUGCCUUACUCUGCAAUGGUCUCAUCGGAAUGCAGAGCAUGGGUCUCGGCGGUGGCAUGUUGAUGAAAAUUUAUAUACACGAAGAGCGAAAAUCCUACAGCAUUUCUGCCCGCGAAAUAUCACCCAUGUCCCUGCGGGCCGAGAACUUUUCCAUCUUCCGUGACGAGCAGGAGUUCAAGCAGUCCAGCUGGUCCAUUGCGGUGCCCACUGAACUAGCUGGCUAUGCACUCGCCCAUCAGCGAUUUGGCCGGCUGCCAUGGUCGGAGCUGGUGAAGCCAACGCUUGCAUUGUGUCACACGGGCUAUCGCCUGUAUAAGCAUCAAUAUGAUGCCCUUGCCCUGAACAGAGAUAUGAUCAAAGCUGAUCGUUUGCUGCGGCAAAUGUUCAUCGAUCCCAAAACAGAGAACUUCUGGCCCAUUGGCCAUUUCAUUCAGCCUCCUGCCCAACUGUGCAGCACCUAUGAGCGGCUGGCCAUGGAGGGACCGCACAGCUUCUACAACGGAUCUCUGGCCGAGGACCUGUUGGCCGACUUGAGGGACAUGGGCAGUGUUAUAGGCAAGGAGGACCUAAACCGCGCCGAUGCUAAAAUUAGCGAGUCCCUGGUGAUUCCCCUCGACGAAUACGAUCUGCAUUUGACGCCUUUGCCAGGCAGCGGCCAUGUCCUGGGCUUUAUAAUGAGCAUUUUGCGACACUUUCGUAGGGACUUUGCACGCACCAGCGAUAUGGGGCCCCUGGAGGUACAUCGAAUGAUUGAGGCCAUGAAAUUUGGCUUUGUUAAGCGCUGGCAGCUCGACGAAGUGGCCGAUGAGCAGCUACUGAAAAGCAUGACCAGCACCAAGGUGUCCGCUUCCAUGGCCGAAGAAAUCGAUGACUCUAUGACGUUCAAUAGCCCCCGGUCGUAUGGGGCACCCGCGGAGAUACGUGUGCGAGAGGAGCACGGUACGGCCCACACAUCGGUGCUGCACGACAACGAUGCCGUUUCAGUCACCAGCACCAUCAAUUUCUACUUCGGCAGCGGACGCACAGGAAAGCGUACAGGUGUGCUCUUCAACAAUGCCAUGUCGGACUUCUCCAUCAAGCAUCUGAGGAACUACUUUGACUUACCCUUUGUCCCAGGCAAGAACAGGGUGGCACCGACUACCCGGCCCAUGUCCUCGAUGAGCCCUCUCAUCGUCACUGAGCGCACGACGGGCAAGGUUCGGCUGGUUGUUGGUGCCGCUGGUGGCACCAAAAUCAUAUCCUCCCUCGUUCCGCUGCUGGUGCGGAUUCUUUGGCAGCAGGCGAACAUCAAAUAUGCCAUCGAUGCCAGUCGCAUUCACCAUCAGAUGCUGCCCAAUGUCCUGCUCUAUGAGUAUGGUCUGCUGGAUAGCCAUGUGAAGAGCCUUGAGACCAGGGGACAUGUUUGUGAACGCUAUCUGAACCGCGGCUCUGUGAUAUGCGGCAUAACCCAAAAGAAUGGCACCAUUCUGGUGAAUUCUGACUUUCGUAAACCCGGCGGAGUUACUGGAUUCUAAAACGGGUGUUCCGCCGCGUUUCUACACUCUACACUACAUGUAGAACAUGUAGAGACGGCACAUCUACAUACUACAUAGAACAUGUAAGUGUACCUGUAAAAUACACAUUUCUACGUAGAACUUUAUUUAUUUACCAUAAAUAUAAGCACCAGCACACACACUCCUUAUUGGCCGAUGAUAUCUGUAUAAGACACUGAAAAAAUCACGAUACAAAUACAUAUUAAAGUUGUAUUCUUUUAAACCCCAUUUGUGUUGAUAUGAUCUUUGGGUUAUCUAAGCCGAAAAAACCUGCAGCAAAAAAAAAGUAGCUCAAACCAAAAAUAAGUUUGAAGCGGGCUCUUGCCCAAGUGGCGAA